GCCUAUGUUGAAUUGAAAUUGUUGAUCGAUUGAUCAUAAGAAAGAAAAAAAUAAAGAAAAUCUAUCUACAAUUGAGUGGUGAACCGUAUUACGUAAGUAAUUAAAGUAGACAAAAAAUGGAAAUGUUAAUAAGUUUUCCAUUACCUACUUAUUUAGCUCGUCAAUAAUCCAAUUAUAAGACUAUGACCUCCAUCUAAUUCAACUCCUACAUAAAUCAUUAUCUCAUGCAUGCAAUAUAAAUACCAGCUUAUACAAACCUCAAAUAAAUAAACCUCUCGUAUAUUCAUCACCCAACAAAAUUAUGGCUUAUUAUUAUUCUAUCUUAGCAAAAUUAAAAAUACUUGUAUUUCUCACAUUUUUGUUUACUCCUGUUUUGGUUGAAGGUUAUGGACCUCCUAAUUUAUUGUCAUGGUGUAACAAAACACCAUACCCUAAACAAUGUAUAUAUUACCUUACCCAUAACCAAUAUUCUUCCACCAUCAAAGGAAAAUCAGAUUUUCUUAAGAUGAUGAUGCAAAGUGCCAUGCAAAAUGCUAAAAAAGCUCAUCAAAAUGCACACUCUAUAGGACAUAGCUGUAAGAAUAAGAGAGAAAAGGCGGCGUUGAAGGAUUGUUUGGAGUUGUACGAGAUGAGUGUUCAACAUCUAAACCAGACUAUGAACACCCCUAGUUGCACCCGAGUUGAUGCUCAGGCAUGGCUCAGUUCAGCCCUAACCCUUUUCCAAACAUGCCAAAAUGGGUUCAGUGACUUGGGUGUUACCAAAAAUAUUAUGCCCAUGAUGUUCAAUGCUAAUGUUUCAUGCUUGAUUAGAAAUGCACUUGCUAUUAAUAAUCGUGGAUCGGUUAGUAAGGUUGGAGGGCAUACUUGGGAUGAGCCAAUCAAGGAUGAGUUCCCGGACUGGGUUAGGCCUGGUGACCGGAAGUUGUUGCAGUCGUCGAGAACUCAAGCAAACCUUGUGGUGGCCCGAGAUGGGUCAGGGGAUUAUAAGACCGUAGGGCAAGCAAUAAGUGCUGCCUCAAGGAGAAAAGGGAGUGGGAGGUUUGUGAUUCAUAUAAAGGCAGGAACUUAUAAGGAGAAUUUGGAAGUAGGAAGUAAGUUGAAGAAUAUUAUGUUUUUAGGUGAUGGAAUUGGGAAGACUAUUAUCACUGGGAGCAAAAGUGUUGGAGGUGGUUCCACUACAUAUAGAUCAGCUACUGUUGCCGUAGUAGGUAGUGGUUUCAUGGCACAAGGAAUUACUUUUCAGAACACGGCCGGUCCAUCAAACCACCAAGCUGUAGCGCUCCGGUCGAACUCGGACCUAUCGGUCUUCUACAAAUGUAGCUUUGAAGGAUACCAAGACACCCUUUACGUGCACUCAAACCGCCAAUUUUACCGUGAAUGUAACAUUUAUGGUACAGUAGACUUUAUAUUUGGUAACGCGGCUGUGGUGAUCCAAAACUGUAACAUUUAUACCCGAUAUCCACCCGCUGGGACCAACACGAUCACGGCCCAAGGCCGGACUGACCCGAAUGAAAACACGGGUAUAUCGAUCCAUAAUUCUCGGGUCAGCCCGGCUGAAGACCAAAAAGGGUCUAAGACAUACUUGGGCCGGCCUUGGCGCAAAUAUUCUAGGACUGUUUUUAUGAAGACAUAUUUGAGCAAUAUAGUUGAUCCAAAAGGAUGGCUAGAGUGGGAUGGCAGUUUUGCCCUUAGCACUCUAUACUAUGGUGAGUAUGCUAAUACGGGUCCUGGGUCAUCGACAUCGAAUCGGGUUAACUGGCCGGGUUACCAUGUGAUAACAAGUGCUUCCGAGGCUAGGAAGUUUAGUGUUGAAAAUUUUAUUGCUGGUGAUUCUUGGUUGUCUAAUACUGGUGUGCCUUUUACGUCUGGGCUUUAGGCAAAUUGCACGAGUCAUAGAUUUAUAGCAUAUGAUAAUUCAUUAGCACAGUUGUAAGGACUUGUAACAAAUAAAGAGUUGUAUUACUUGUAUACACGGAUUACAUCAAAAUAAUUUGUAUAAAUUAGAAAACGUGUCACAUGUAUGAUUUUCUUCUCAUAAGCUAGUCGCAUAAAAAAAUUCACUAUGUAUUGAAUAGAUUGUAUCAUACUCCGUAUCAAAUUAAAAUUUGACGUAAUAAUAUAAAUUGCACCUCUUUAGAG